AUGAGGGGGAGAAAAGAAGUCAGUAACAAACAUUAUUGCCAAAUUUGCAAAAUAUGGAUAGAAAAUCACCCAAAUAAUCUUAGAAGCCAUCAGGAAGGUGGAAGGCAUAAGUACAAUUUGAGGAAGUUAUUAAAAAGCGAAAACUAUAGAGAUUCUCAGAAAAAGAAGAAUGAGGAGGAAAUUCGGAAGGAGUUUAUGAAGUUACAGGGAGUUGUAGAAAAACCUAGCCAAGAAAAGAAGACAAUUAAACAAAUAGAUAAGGUAAAGUCAACAAACUCAUCGGUUUUCGCAGAUAAUGUCUUCAAAAAUAGUCAUUCCCAUGAAAAUUUACAUAAUUGCUUCGAAAGUGAGGAUUAUAAUGAAAAUCAUACAGAUAAGAAGAAUCAAAUGGGGAUUAUUGGACAGUGGGAAGAAGUCAAAGAGUCAGAAUCUGCCUUUUUAGGGGAUACCAAUUUAAAAUCUCAACCUCAUAAUCCAUUUAAGUUUACUGAAGGAUGUGUUCAAAUUAAGAAGAACAACUUAUCCCAAAAAGUUUACUCUUGCAUUUCUGAACUUGAAGGAAAUUUUGAAGAGCACCAAUUUGAUCAGAAACUCACAUCUAAUAUCCAGAAAUUACCUGAUGAAAAAAUCAAAAUUGUCUUCAAAACACGAAAAACUCCUAAUCAAAUACGCAAAGAUUAG